GCUUGAAGCUUGAGCACUGAUAAGUACUUAAGAAUAGUAUCAAGAUGCUACGCCCUUCCUACCAUUCCGCCAUUCUUCUCAAGUGUUUGAGCUCAUUCGUAUCCCACUGUUCGUCGACAAAUCCAAGUGACUUCUCCUAACAUGUCUAUGCCAAGGAAGGUGCCUUACACGAGGCUGGGGAAUUCUGGCCUGAAAGUGUCCAAAAUCAUACUUGGGACCAUGCAGUACGGCAACAAAGGAUGGCAAGAUUGGGUCCUCGGAGAGGAUGAAGCACUCGAACACAUCAAGGUUGCUUACGAAGCAGGAAUUCAAACUUUUGAUACCGCCGAUACAUAUUCGAACGGUUACUCGGAAGUGAUCCUUGGACGGGUGAUCAAGAAACUGAAUUUACCCCGCGAUGAAAUCGUCGUCAUGACCAAAGUAUUCAAUGUGGUCGGACGUGAAUACAAUACCCACCAGCUUGGCGGGCGCAAAGACCCAGAUCAAAAUGGUUAUGUAAACCAGCAUGGUCUCAGCCGGAAGCACAUCUUCGCAAGCGUGAAAAAAAGUUUGGAGCGGCUUCAAAUGGAUUAUAUCGACGUUCUACAAUGCCACAGAUUCGACAAUGAAACACCGAUGGAAGAGACGAUGCAAGCAUUGCACGACGUAGUCCAAGCUGGCUAUGUCCGCUACAUCGGAAUGAGUUCUUGCUGGGCGUACCAGUUCCAAGCUAUGCAGAACUAUGCGAUCACAAACAAGCUCACUCCCUUCAUCUCCAUGCAGAAUCACUAUAGCCUACUCUAUCGUGAGGAGGAGCGCGAGAUGUUCCCUACUCUCAAGAUGUUUGGUGUUGGUUCAAUUCCAUGGUCUCCACUGGCUCGUGGUGCCCUCACACGCCCUCUUGGACAGCAGACAAGCAGAGGUCAAGCUGAUUGGUUCAUUGGGAAUUAUGCCCAAGCAUCGUCAUACGAAACUAUUAUUAACCGGGUCGAGGAACUUGCUAAAAAGAAAGAUGUAACCAUGGCUCAAAUAGCCAUAGCAUGGAUCUUGACAAAGGAAGGGGUAUCGGCUCCUAUUGUCGGAACCACGAGUAUCGCAAAUCUUAAAGAUAUCAUUGCUGGAAUAGACGUGAAACUUACGGUGGAGGAAAUAAAGUUCCUCGAGGAAGAGUACAAACCGACUGCUGUGAUUGGUCACUUCUGAGUGGUUCAACGAUGUGCGGUUCUCAGAUACAUGUUAAUUCCGAUUCGCUGCUUUCUCGAUGGACACACUUGAAUGAUACUCACAGCCAGUGAACGACAGCCUGAAGCACAAGACAAAGAACCUGUAAUGUUUCGGAUCCUGGUAUACUCCAAAGUUGUAUCAUCGCUCAGCACUCAG